AUGCCGACCUUUAUUGAAGCCAUUGGCAAUGAUCAUCUCAGUGAUGAUCUUAGAACGAAACUGAUGGUAGCCGUAAAUAAUCGGCCAGGAGAUCCUCGAGGGGCUAUCGAUACCUUUCUCGGAAAAUGGACUGUUCCUGCAACGACUAUCGCAGUUCUCGGUUUCGUCAAAUCAUUGUUGACGUACACCGACGACGAUGAAUAUAUAUGUGGCGGAUUCUUGACAUUGUUGGCGGAACCUUCUCCGGAAGGCCUUGCAUCGGCACUGUUUCCUCAAGAUCAACUCGAUCAGAUGUUAAACUCGGUACUCAAUGAUUUACCCGAAGAUUUGGCGGCUCAUGAUUUGAAUCAAGUGCGGACCAGGCUCCUCGAUGAUCAGCCACUUGUUGUCAUACUUAUUAUGAUCAGAGACAAGAAAUGUUUCUCCCUCGAAGAGCGUCCGCAAAGCAUCAUCGUUUCUCUUCUGGCAACGAUGAUACAACGGGGACUUCAACUUGGUUCUUCCGAGCUACUCGCCACGGUGCAGGAAAACUUCCCACAAAAUGCUUCUGAAAUCGAGCAAUCUUCUACACAAACCAAUGAAGAAAUUUCAGCCGCUUUUGAAUUCGUCAAGUCUUUGAAAAUUCUCUCGAGUCUCGUUGAAGACCCAUCAGAUAUUCCUCGUCUUUACAACUCAAACUACCGUUCCGUACGAAGUAUCACAGUACAAUCGAAGGAUGUAUUCAAAAAUGACUUGGUUAGCGCCGGUACAACAGUUGAGAACGCACUCAAAUUUCACGACUGUGCUGAGCGUGUUGACUGCUGGAACGAGCAUCUCUGGCUUGCUUUGAUGAAAAGAGGUAGGGAGGGUAGCAUGCUCCAGCCAAUUCAAAACGACGAGAAAGCAAUUCUGCCAUUGACAAGCGGCGGAGGUCCUCCAGAAUCUUGGAACAACCUGACCGAUAUAUUUCGACUCGAAAAUGUUGCAUGUGAGGAAUGCUGCUCUAUCACUUCUAUGUCAGCCUAUUUUGCAGAUCUUCUGAACUUGUUAAGCAACACUAAACCUACUGGAAGAGACGGGUCGAUAACUCAGGAUGAAGAAGACCUUGUCAAUCCGAAAACCAGGAGCAGUCUCCUGAAUUUGCUUUCAUCUCGGCGCCCGGAUCUUAGAAAGUUGGAACUUAGCUGCACAAACUCGCAAACUUUGAUUCCGAAUAUCAAUCUGGUGAAUGAAGUACUUGAAUCUUUCAUUCGCUACAAGAACCAACCGUUGCUAUCUCCGCUGGCUUCAGGCCAGCAGGAUUCUAUUCACACAUUUAAUACUCCUGCCGACGCCGGGGAGAAUUGUGUCGAAGAUACUCACUCUGAAGGACCAGUCUAUCGUCCCGGAAACACAGACUUUGAUGUUUAUUCCAAGGUUAUCUCCAAGCAGAUGUUUCCGUUCACCUGCUUCCCAUACGAUCAUGCGCGUUCUUCUGUUAUAGAGUAUUUCAACAUAUUCCAGAUAUCCUAUUCCCAAUUGAUCGAGGUAUUCCAAGCACCUGAGCUUAUCUUGGAGAAGAUAACACAAGACACACGUGGCGCACUUGAUGCGGAAGCACGAAAUGAGUUGAAUCGUGGAUCAGCUGAGGUUUUGGAGAGACAGAAUAUGGCAGCUGUUCUGAAUUUGCACCAGAGGGAAUUUGCAGCCAUCACAGGGGAAACCUUCUUCCCUGUGUGGUUUGCCAAUUUACUUCAAGGCUUGUCAAGUGACAUAGCACCCAUAACCACAGGACUACCGGAGAACGAAACCUACGUUCAAUGGGGUUACGAGGAUGAAGACACCAUGCUAGACGUCACAGAUGGACUCGGCCUAACGUUUAUCAAGCGCCAGCUAAUGCAAAGGUCUGGUCUAGAUUUUCCAGAUAUCCUAGAUUUGGUGAAAAUCCAGCUUUUUGGGCAAGAUCUAGUGAUCACCGACAAAUCCGGAUCCGACACGUUCAGUGAUUCCAUCGAGGACCUUCGACUCCUGUCUAAUGCGUCGCAGCCGCCUUUUCAAAAUUUGACCCCCAUUAUAUGCCGGAACCUCCAAUCGUUUUUGCGCCUGAAAGCUAAGCUUGGCUGGUCGACCAAGGAUCUUGAUGCGGCUAUUUACUGCUUACGUAGCAGGGAGAUGGAGAGCUCUCCGACCUUUAAGCUAGCUGCCUCUUCUGAAGCGCGGCCCAUUUCAGUUUACGUACUCAACGGAAUUGCGUCUAUUGUCGAGUUGAGUAGUUUGUGUGGAAUCGAACCUGCUGCCCUACUUCCUUUAUGGGGUCUUAUUGAUUCUUUCGGUAAAGACUCGUUUCUUUACCGCAAAUUUCUCCGCCCUUCGUAUGGACCAAUAUUCGCAAUCCCUCAAAAUGAUGAAUUCUUCCAGCCAGGGGGGAUAAAGUCCAAAAUCUAUUCAUGUGGUACAAGCGUUUGCGCGAGUUUAAAGUGGCCUUUUCAAUAUCUCAAAGAUCUGCUUGAAGCUACAGGACUCUCAGAUGCUGAUUUGAGUGUCGAGACUCUUUCUAUACUCUACCGAUAUGCUACCAUUUCUCAGAUUUUGUCUGUCCCUGCUGGAAAAUGUACCCGGUUUUUCAAGCUCUUCAAUGAAGCUAAAGAGAAUCCUCUAUCAAGCCCCAAAGUGACGCUCGAAGUCAUAGCGAACUGGAGAAAAUUGCUGGAUUCAGACUGGACUAUCGAAUCGCUUCUCGACAUUUUCGAAACGACUCAGCCUGAUGGUAUUCAAGAUAGUUUCGGGUUGCAGCUCACAAGGGCUAUUUUAGAAGGAAGCGUGGAUUUGAAGAAGUCGCUCUCAUCUAUUUCCACGCCGGGCGCGGUUCCUACUUCGGAAACUGUUGUCGAAUGUGCUGGGCGGAUAUUUGAUUCUGUAACGGCAAAGCUAGUAGUCGAAUUCAUUGAGGGCACACAAAUUCGGACAAGCUAUAUCAGACUUGAGACCAGUUCAGAUCUCGAUGAAUUCGUUACACUAUCGAAGAGUUGGCCGAAUAAGCUUUCAGUAGUUCCUUCAAUUGAGCAAACAUCCCACGGAGCAGUAUAUUCUGCCCAAGUCAAGCUCUGUGGUCUGUUGACUCCGGACGAAAAGAUCCAGAUCCUAAAUGAUACCAAGCAGCACCCCACGGUGAACAAUGCACUUACGGCUCUGGUGGAGAAUUCCGUCCUUCCGCAGAACAUUAUCAGGUCGCGCUUCGAGAAAAAUCCCGAUACCAAGCAGAAGCUUAAUGGUAAUGUUCUUCUUGAUGAUUGGAUUGAGCCACCAAAUUAUGAGAGCGACCCAGCUGAUUCCUCUGCAUCUCUUUCGCCGGAUCAAUCUUUGAUUGACGCGGAGAACUAUCUUCAGGACCGCAGAGCAGCUUUUAUUGAUUUGGCCACGCCUACUAUUAUCCAAGACCUUCUUACUUCGCUUAUUCUCAACUCUGCUAAGGACCAACUACCUGAUAUCGACGUUGCAAUUAUAUCCAGCCUAAUUUCAGAAGUCGUGAGAGUACCAACAAAGGACGGCAGCGGAAUUGAGUCAGCCAUGGCAGCUCUACAGAGUCUUAGCGUACUUGACGAAAAUUUGACCAAAACAAAUCUGGAUGCAUACUUUACACCUACGACGACUGAUGACUUUAGAAUACAUUAUACGGGAGUCAGUACUGCUGACGGUACGCCCCCGGAACUGACCAUAAAUGGGCUCAAAAUGCCCUUUGAUACAGCAUCGAAUACAUGGAGUUCGUUCCGCAUGAUCGCCGGCCAAGCAUAUCUCUUACAAGCUGGAUUCGAUCCCUCCCAACUAUCUUGGUCGACGUGUCGAUCAAUGCCGACGCCUUUCGCAGACGAGGAAAUUUUAUUAUCAAAAACAGUUCAGCGAAUAACUCAUGUUCUUGACGCCAUUCGCAGCGCAGCACUUAUUUGCCAGAGAUUGAAAUUGACAACAGCAGAUAUCGCUUUCUUAAACCGCCAAGUACAAAUGAACUUCGAAAUACUGGCCAUUGACCUUAAUUCACCGAGUCUGAAAGACAUGAUCCAGCUCCAAGAAUAUUGCGCCUUGAGAGACAGAUGUAUCCCCAGCAGCAAACACGACAAUCUCAUAAGUCUUUUUUCAUGGCUGUCCAGCUCUACUGGUGCUGAUGCGAAUGUAAUUGCAGCAAAGAUCGCCGCAAGCACAGGUUGGAAGGAUACGCUGCUGGAAAGCGCCAUAAACGGAAAAUAUCCCAACUAUACUUCUGGAGAUCUUGUAGCAACUCUACGUGAUUACGACGCCUUGCUUAGCCUCAAAGCGAUUGUGCUGUUCUAUGAGAGCCUUGGCAGCGUAUCUGGCAUAAACUCCGUGCCUCCUAUCACUGAGCUUCUUGACCUGGCACGGCCUCCGCAGCAGUUAGAUAGUGCAGAUGCCUACGUCCAAGCUGCGCAAAACCUUCAAAACAGACUGACCGCUUCACAACAGGAGAACUUUGAUGAAGGGCUAAUGGAGAGCCAGCGCAUUGCCCUCGUAACUUACUUGCUGCAGCAGAAAUACAUCAAGGAUCUUGGUAUUUGGGAUGCGGAUGGACUGUUUGAAUACUUUCUCGUCGACGUGCAAAUCGGUCCAAAAUUGCGAACAUCACGCAUCAAGCAAGCAAUUUCAGUCGUGCAACUAUAUGCACAGCGUUGUCUUCUCGGGCUAGAGAAAAAUGUCCUGAUGACGGAUUUGAAACGUGACAAGUGGGACUGGAUGCAGCAAUACACCCUCUGGGAAGCUAACAGAAAAUUGUUCCUCUACCCAGAGAACUGGAUCGAUCCAAUGCUUCGGGAUGAUAAGAGCCAGUUGUUUGACCAGUUCGAGGCCACCUUACUUCAGAAAGAUCUGAGUAUCGAUACAUUUCUGCAGGCUAUUCAAAGUUACGUGUAUGGUUUGACUGAAAUAUCGAAACUAGAUAUUGUUUCGUAUGUCCACGAGCCCGAGAUCAAAGAGGCCGACAUCUUCCAUUUCUUUGGGCGAACCCGCACCGCUCCAUAUUCCUUUUACUAUCGUAUCGUGACUGUUUUGGCAACCAGUGAGAUAUUUUGGCAACCAUGGACCAAGAUUGAGAUGGAUAUCCCAUCAUUGGAAACGGAAUGGGAAGGUCAUCGGCUUGAAAAGGUUGGAAGUUAUUUGUUUCCUGUCAUAAUUGGGGGCAGGCUUUAUCUUUUCAUGCCAUCGAUCAUACCAAAAACUUUGGCUACGGAUAUAGGGAAAGAUCUUGCAAAAUUAAACUCGUUUGACGACUUACGCUCGCAGAAACCUGGAGUAGCGCAGCCCGACCGCAUCUGGGAAAUCUCAAUGUCCUGGACAGAAUGUGUCAGAGGCAGUUGGACUACUAAGCGCGUCUCAUCAAGCAGUCUCAAUGUGAGUUUGCUAGCUUCUGCAUCGCAAUUUCGAAUCGACCCAACUUUCGAUGGCAAGAAGAUGAAAAUGCAGAUAAACUAUUCGGUGGUGGGGGAUGCUUAUUUCGUCGAGAUUGGCACCUUCACAUUCUUCAAUGAUCAGAUCAGUACACAGAGUGUCAGCGCAACGUCACCUACUAAAGGCCCGUUCCCGACGUAUUUCCAGAAAGCAGUAGGUAAAGACAUGAACGCGGAUUCAUUGGUAAUUGAUCCCAAUGCCCCAAACAAGCCUCUAAUUUGGAUACCGCAUGAUUUGGAAUACCAAAAUCAAAACGAUCUCACAUGGACUUUAUCGAAAACGCAGCAGCGAGUCACAGCCCUUGUAGUGAGCACCAAAGAUAACGAUGGUAUGGGCGUAAGUUAUUUCAAUUUACCAAAAACAGAACUUACCCCGACAAAUGGCCACCAAUGGACCAAUCAAAGGGUAAAGGAUGAUACGGAGCUUGUUUUGCUCGAUCAUUUGUUUUCUCAUGAGCUUAUGGAAGCUACCGCUACUCGUGUCGACCCACUGGGAGUUCUGUAUGACAAGCUAGCAAUACUCCCCUCAACUCAGCUGAGAGAAAGCUUCGGAGCCGGCAGUCAAGGUGCAUCGUACCACGAACUGGGCCGUCCAACCGCUAUCUAUAAUUGGGAGAUUGGCAUGCACACUGUGUUGCUAGCAGUUGAUCGGUUGUUUACCACAAAGCAAUAUGACGAUGCAUUGCAGAUUACAAGACUUGUUUUUGAUCCGUCAGUAAGCCUAGAAGUGAAAAGAUAUGAUGGUGAUAAAACAAUAAGCUCUCAAUCCUGCUGGCGAUUCCCACCAUUCCAAGAGAUGGCUUGUCGAAUGGCGAAGCACGGCGAAAGUUCAUUUGAUCCUUUAGACCUGACAAAUCUGAGAAGAGAGAUCGAACUUGCAAUCAAGGAACGUCGUUCUUAUGGUGCGCUUGUCCAUGCUGCCGCGCGUGGUCGACCUGUUUCAUAUAUGAAAUGGAUUGUUAUGAAAUACGCCGAGAUUCUCAUCGCCCUUGGAGAUAUCCAGUUCCGUCGGGGCACAGCCGAAUGUCUACCACUGGCCACUCAACGAUACAUAGAGGCAGCUCGAGUCUUAGGGCCAGAGCCACCGAAUGUGCCAGACCUGGGGAAUCGAAAAUCGAAGACGCUAACAUUUGAGCAAUUAAGGGAAGCGGAUAUCGACUUCGAUGAGGUUACACUUGAUCUGGGCCUACCGUUUUCACCUAAAUUGACGAAAGGCGCAGCUGCAACGACAGAUAAUGAUCCGAAGAAGGAGAACAUCGUUUGCUUCCUCAAAACAGAUUACUUCUGCGUUCCGUUGAAUCCCAAAUUCAAGACAAUAGACCCGCCCAUUGAUCCUGGAGAUUUGGUAGCUCUUAGCAAGCAAGGUCUUAGCAUAUCUGAUGUAUUAAGCAUGGUUUCCGGAGAAAGAGACGGGCCACUAACUCGUCAACGGCUCGGAACUCUUAUGAGCGCGGCCUUGAACUUGUGUACCGAAGUACGGUCGCUAGGAGAACGUCUCUUGGCUGCAAUCGAAAAGAAAGAAGCAGAGGGGCUUAACGUCAUUCUGGCGCGGAACAGCAUCACGAUACAGCAAAUGAUGCUAGACAUCAAGCAAAUUGAACUUGGCGAGGCACAGCAGAACGUCGAAUCGCUCUUAAUCGAUCGCAGCUCUCAAGAGGCACAGCUGGACUACUAUCUCAAACUCAUCGGCGAGCCAGACACCAAAAUACCGAAGCCCAGCGAUGACUGGACUGACAUUCCACAAAACAUUGAUAUAUUAUCCUCAGAUGAGUUGAGAAUGUCACCGUUCGAGAAAUUGGAAAUGUCAUUGUCUCUCUCUGCACAAAGGAAGAACUACCUAGCUACGAACCUGGACGCAGUGGCUAUUCCAUUGUAUUUGUUACCGACAAUCCAAGGAAACGUUGAGCCUCUCGGAGUUGGGACGUCUCUCUCAGCUGGCGGGACCCAAAUAGCUGAAAGUAUAGCGGCCAAUUCCACACUAAUGAGAGGAUUUGCCGGGCUCCAUGCAGACCAAGCAGCUCGAGCUGACAAGAAAGCCAGUCUUACAAUGCAAUUGCAGGAACGAAGACUCCAAGCAAACAUCAGUGGGCGCGGGAUCAAAUCCAUCGACAAACAAAUUGAAAUCCAGAGACUCCACCUCAAAUCCGUCCAGAAGGAACUCGAUAUGCAGAAACAUGAACUUGAAGAAGCUGCCCAGGCCGAGGCAUGGUAUCGCUCCAAGUAUACAAACGAGCAGCUUUAUGGCUGGAUGGAAAAGAGAUUCAGGAACUUGUAUCUUCAAGCUUAUAAUCUGGUUCUAAGCGCAGCUCUCCGAGCAGAGAGCGCCUUUAUCUUCGAAGGGGGUCGCAAAAGCUCGAUGAUCAAACCAGGAGGGUACUGGGACGUGUCCCGUGAUGGUUUGCUUGCUGCCGAGGAUUUGUAUUGGGACUUGAAAAAGCUUGAGGCUGCACAGGCUGAAGGAACUUCGGCGGACUAUAACAUCACCAAGACUGUAUCACUGAAAGAGAUUGAUCCUAUGGCGCUGAUGAAAUUCAGAAUUACGGGAACAACUGACUUCUCCUUGGACGAGCUGCUUUUUGAUAUGGACUUCCCCGGUCACUAUAUGCGCAGAAUACGAUCAGUGGGUGUGUCGAUUCCCGCGGUCUUUGAAUCAAACUGUAGCGCCAAUGCUAUCUUGACACUGUUACAGCACAAGUAUCGUAUUACACAGAGUGCAGCUGACUAUGUUGCUUCUCAAUUCACAAGCAGCGAAUCAUUCCGAACCGAUCGAAUCCCAUCAUCAUCUAUUGCCGUAAGCUCCGGUGAUGUCGACUCUGGAGUAUUUGAGCUCGAUUUCUCUGGCCCGCAGUACAUGCCGUUCGAGGGCGCCGGGGCCAUUUCAAAAUGGCGCCUGGAGCUUCCAACACCAGUCAGGGCUUUCAAUUACGAGUCCAUUACCGAUGUGCUAUUACGCGUACAAUACACAGCUUACGACGGAGGCCCAUCACUGCGAGCAGCGGCGAAUGAAGCAACUUUUAAAGUGAUGAAAGCCUCGGGAGCUGAAGGCCAGCAGCAAGGGUUCUCAGCGGUCUUUGAUUUGAAAAAUGAGUUUGCUAAUGAGUGGACUAGCUUUGGUGACCAAUUGCUUGCUGAGACGGCUGAUGGAGAUUCACCAAGCAUGAAACUCGGUGAUUUGAAAAGUCAUCUUCCGUAUUGGUCUCGAAGACAGGAUGCUUUAGAGGUCCGAAGUAUUACUUUCCUGUCUCGAAGCCAAGCAAUUCUCAAUAGACUGAAAAUCUCUGGUGUACUGGGAGAUGCAUCAUGGGAUACUAGCAGGAUUGCAGAUUACUUCACAAAGACAUGUACAGCAAGUGAAAAGGAUCUGAAAUGA